AUGAACUGCCCGAGCAGUUUCCAGCGAGGCCUUCGCGCGGGCAGCAUCCCCCCACGGCUCAGCCAACCCACAGCCCUCGCGACACGCCGCCCCCCAACAAGGCCAAUCCACCAUCGCCAUCGCCAACUGACCACGACUCCCCGGCGCCGCCUCGCAGACAAGCAAGCCGCCGACGACCCGGGCUUCACAUCCAUCCUCGACGCGCCGCCGCAAAUCGUCCGCGCCGGCAAACGCCACGGCCCGGGCAUCAUCCUCCUGGCCCUCAUCCCCAUCACGGCCUUCGCCCUCGGGACGUGGCAGGUCCAGCGCCUCGGGUGGAAGACAGACCUCAUCGCCAAGCUGGAGGACCGCCUCGUCCGCGACCCCCUCCCGCUCCCGCCGUCCGUCGACCCCUCCGCCGUGCACGACUUCGACUACCGCCGCGUCCGCGCGACCGGCACCUUCCGCCACGACCAGGAGAUGCUCAUCGGGCCCCGCAUGCGCGACGGCAAGGACGGCUACAUGGUCGUCACGCCGCUCGAGCGCGACGGCGGCACCACCGUCCUCGUCAACAGGGGCUGGAUCAGCAAGGCGCACCGCGACCAGCGCUCCCGCCCCGACAGCCUGCCCACGGGGCAGGUCACCGUCCAGGGACUGCUGCGCGAGCCCUGGAAGAAGAACAUGUUUACGCCCGAGAACCGGCCCGACCGGGGCAUGUUCUACUUCCCAGACGUCAAGCAGAUGGCCGAGCUGACGGGCAGCCAGCCGGUUUGGAUCGAGGUGACAAUGGAACCCGAGUUUAUGCGAAUGAUGGACUUUGAGGCAAGGGGCAUUCCCUACGGGCGACCGGCAGAGGUCAACUUGAGGAAUAAUCACGCACAGUACAUUUUUACAUGGUAUGGCUUAUCUGUUGCCACCGCAAUCAUGUUGUACAUGGUUCUCAAAAAGCCUGCAUCCAGCAUUACACGCCGUGUCCAAGCUACUAAAAAAUUCUAG